GGCGGGGCGGGAGGUGGCGUUCGCGUGCUCCCUCCCGCUCUUGCACACACACGCGCACACACAUACACACACGCGCACCCGCACACACGCGCGCACGCACGCACGCACUGAGCAUCCUCCCGUCAGGUCUCCGGUGCAGCCCCGCCCGCGCCUCCUGCUUCCUUCCCGCAAACCUUCGCCCGCGUCCCCGUCCGGUCCCCCGCGCUCAGCUCCGGGACCCUCCGGCAAGCCCCACCCCCACCCGGCAUGGAGCGGCUCGAGCCAGCCGGCAGCCCCCCGCGGCCGGGGUGACGGCCCCCGCCUCCUCCCGUCGGGCCCCGCCUUGAGCAUCAUGGGCCUGAGGGGUUCCCGAGGCGCCGGACGCUGAAGAUGACCCAGGCUGGAGCUCACUUGAGUCAUGGCUUCAUCCAAGCUCCGAGACCCCGCGGAUGAGGUUUUUGACCUGGACUUGGCUGUGCCAGAGACCGCCAGACUGGACAGCAGUUUACACAAGGCCCGGGCCCAGCUACUGGCCAAGGGCCGGAGACACCGGCCCUCCCGCUCCAGGCUUCGGGACAGUGCCAGCUCUGCGGAGGACGGGGAAGGCUCUGAUGGGCCUGGAGGCAAGGUGACCGACAGCUGCGGGAGCCCGCUGCACCGGCUCCGCUCCCCUCUGCACUCGGGCCCGGGCUCCCCGGCUGGCGGCUCUUUCUGCCUGGAGCCCCCGGGGUUGCGCCGCAGCCUGGACGAAGACGAGCCCCCGCCCUCGCCGCUGGCGCGCUACCGGCCCCUGCACAACGCCGCGUCACACGAGGGCCUCGCCGCCGCCUCGGGAUCGCCGCCGCGCUCCGCGCCCUCCUCGGACAGCUCGCCCAGCUUCGUGCGCCGCCACCAGCGCGCAGAGCCGCACAGCGAAGAUGACAGCCGGGAUGCCAGCCCACCCGAGCCCGCCAGCCCCACCAUCGGCCUGGACAAGAAGACGCGCCGGAAGUUCUUGGACCUGGGGGUCACCCUCCGCCGGGCAUCCACUGGCAAAAGCCGGAAGGAGAAGGGCAGCAACCGGCUGUCCAUGGGCAGCAGGGAGUCGGUGGAGGGCUCCGGCAGGUCAGGGGCCUCCCCGUUUCUGCCCUUCUCCUGGUUCACAGACAGUGGCAAGGGCUCAGCAUCCUCAGGCAGCACCACCUCCCCGGCCUGCUCCCCGAAACACGAGGGCUUCAGCCCUAAGAAGUCAGCCUCCCAGGAAUCCACCCUGAGUGAUGACUCCACGCCACCCAGCAGCAGCCCCAGGAUCCCGAGUGGCCCUCGAGAGGAGGCCAAGUGCUCGUACCCUUACCACACGCUGUCCCAGUCUUCAGAUGAGUUCCUGGACGAACCUCUCCCUGCCGUCCAGCACUGGACCAGCCAGCAGGUGGGCCAGUGGCUACAAAGCCUCAGCCUGGAGCAGUAUGUUGCUGAGUUUGCUGCCCGGCAGGUGGACGGGCCACAGCUGCUGCAGCUGGACGGCAGUAAACUGAAGAGCCUGGGCCUCAGCAACGCGCAUGACCGGUCGCUGGUGAAGCGGAAGCUGAAGGAGCUGGCGGCGGCCGCGGAGAAGGAGCGCAAGGCACAGGAGAAGGCUGCGCGGCAGCGGGACAAGCUCCGGCGGCGCGAGCAGGAGGCCAAGAAGAGCUAGGGGGCGGCAGGGCGCGCGCACUGGGCACGGCUGCCCCUGCUCGUGGCGAGCACGGGCCUCACCAGAAGGCUGGGCCUGCGCCAGGCUUGGGCUGGCCUGGACCCACACUGUCGGGGCUCGCACCCCACUCCCCAUCUGGACCCAGAGUCCCCGGGAGGGAGACCCCAGGGAGAGGGCCCCGAAAUAAACCUGAUUUCCAGGACUUGCUUGGCACAGUUCCUGAGGGAGACAGAUAAAGGAAAGAGGCAGAGAGGCCCAGGCCGAAGCGAGCCCAGGUGCCCAUGGCUCUGGCUGACCCUCUGCCUCUGACCCAGGUGCUGCUGGGCUGGAAUGCACUAGGGUGCUUGCCUGCCUGUCCCCUAGGGGUCUUAUGAAAGGCCAGGGUCCCCAGGCUCUGAGAAGGCUGGGCAUCUUCAGGGGCAGAUGACAGAGCUAUAUCCCUCCGAGGUGGCCACAGUGGGUAGUGAGUCACACUCAGGGUAGACUCCCAACCAGCAUCUCCAAGGGACAGCUUGUUUGGGGCCUUCCGGAGGGAGAUAGGAGGCCGACAACCGCUCCCCUGUUCUCUAGGUUCCUGUGGGUGGAAUGGCACCCACACAUACACAUCUGUCCUCCUGGAAGGGCUGUUCAGGAUGGGGCAGGGCCUCUGACCCGCUCUCCAAGUCAGGGCCUGCUCCUCCUCCUGCUCCCUCAGAGUGCACCUGAGCCCUCUCUGGGGACACAGCAAAUGUGGGAGCUGCUGAGGACAGAAGGGCCCCCUGAGCCUUCAUUGUAGCCAGAUAGAGGCAAAGAACCUGGAGCAUCACCUAGGAGCUGCUGGACUGAGGGGGGGGCCUCAUUAGCUGUCCCUGGCCACUGUCAGGCCUCAGUGCAGGUUCUGGUUCACUAGCAGGGGUGGAAUUUAUCAGUAGCCUAGGGGGUGGGGUGGGCAGCGGUCCUGCUCAGGAGAUGGCUAGAGACAGUGCAGGGCCGCGCUGACCAGCUGCUAGCCCUGCUUCCAGGGACACCAGUCAGUCACCGGUGGGACCCAGGGGAAAGUUCCUGAUGGGAACUUCUCCACUCUCCCAUCUGAACAGAACCAAUGCAUGCUGACACCCUCGUCCUGCCCAGGGCUAUGGCUUAGGGCCAGGCCCCGUCCCCAGAAUCAGCCCUUUUUCCCUCUGGGCCAUCUGUGCUGGGAGGGGGGACUAGAGGGAUUCUAGAUACUGAGUGCUGGCACCAUCCAGCCUGGCAGAGGGGCUGAUGGGGAGGUUGGGAGGCACUGGCGUUGUCCUUGGGGCUGUCGGGAGCCACAGUGGGUGCCCACCUGCAUGUGAGGGGGAAGUGGUUCUCAAUUUCUCAAUAAACACUUACGAUGUGCCA